AGCUUAUGCAAUUAGUUUUAUAGUGAGCUCACGUUUAAUUCAUUUAUUUGGCAUUCAAACAUCUGAUGUGACUCGGACUAAAAAUUAAUCCUUAGAUCUAAACACGCCCUUAGCCAGCGCUGCCAGAGCGCCAGCGCCACACUAGAAAAAGUUCCCUUUUUCCCUUAUAUUUUUCAUGGUUCACGCAGCUGAGACGAGAGAAUGAAUCACCAUGGGACAAUUGCAAUGACGAGGACAAGAGGCUCACGAACCUGUACCGCAUCUGUGGUGCUGCAAACAUGUUCUUUGUUGUGAAGGCCGUGGAAGGCUGCUGGGAGAGCAUCUUAGCAUCCAAAAACUGUUGUAGGAGUACCCAGCAUGCGACGUUCCUAUCUCCACUGGACGUAUAGUAUAACUAACGAUAUGGCGGCGAUGGAGACAUAGCAAUUGGUCACGUAGACUUAAUUCAGGCAUCACCUUAUAAACCUAGUGGAAUCCGCUCGCCACGGCACCAAAACGGGCUGUGCGUGCGGCCGUGUAACGUCACUACUCGCUUGUCCCGGUCGUGAGACGGCGUGGUCGAUAGACGUAGAAGCUGACAAUUUCCUCGCGUGGGCCAGGCCGGGCCAAGACGCGCCGCUGUCUGACUCCGUUGCCCGUCCCCCCCACCGCGACAGCGACUGAAUCCGAAGGUUACGUCGCCGGAUAACCACGGCUGUGUCACGACUCCUUGUGGCGCGCUGCAAAGCCGUACACUAGAUUAGUUGUGGGAUUGUAAAAAACAAGCGGCACUGAGACUACCACUAGAGCCGGAGGUAUACCACCGCAAGCAUGAUCAAGCAAAGCCCGAAGAAAGCCAUCUUUUUUUAAGGGGGAAAUAAUUCUCCAGCCUUUUCUACAUCCAAACUCGAGAAAGUCAUGCUCAUGCAUCCGCUACCACAUCCGUUUAAUAACGCCUUUCUAGCAUCGUUAACCACUUCGAAAGCGUGUCACUUGCGAGCCCAAAAGUACGUCGCCACUGGUUCAAUAUAUUUGUUUCCUUUACAUGCAAUAAAAAAAACAUCCAGUACAACGACUUGCCUUGGUUGCACACCAGCACAGCUACAGCAUGAGCCAGCAUUCAGCUGCACAAGCAAACAUGCCACGCAUGAACCGGGCAGAACUCUCCCUAUCCCCCGACACCUGCCACGCCCACGAGCCCACAAUACAGAGCAGCCCUGUCUGCCCGCCGCGACGCGCCUCGCGCACGCAGUGGCAUGGCCGCGCCGCGCGGGAGCAGGCGCCUAGCCGCGGGCGACGGGCCCCGGGCCACGCCGGCGGUCGGCCCGGCGUCCGGCGGCCGGGCGCAGUUCAACCUCUCCUCGGGGGCCGCCACGGCCGUGGUGUUCGCCUCCAUCGUGCUCUGCUUCAUCCUGCUCUGCACCUACUGCCGCUGCGCCCGGCAGCGGGCCAUCGCGGGUGCGCGCCGCCGCGUCAUGCGCGACCUCGUCCCUGGCGCCGCGCUCUUCCUCCGCCCGGCCGCCGCCGCGCUGCCGCCCGUGGUGCCCUACGCGGGGGCCGCCCGGAAGGGCCUCCCCGAGGACUGCCCCAUCUGCCUCGAGCCCUUCGGCGACGACGACGGCGUCCGGGUCGUCCCCGUGUGCGGCCACCUCUACCACGCGCCCUGCAUCGACCGCUGGCUCGACAUGCGCAACUCCUGCCCCGUCUGCCGCUGCGCCGUCGCCAGCCUCUACGACGCCGACCGCGCCAGGGACGCCGCCGCGGUGGCCGUUGGCCGCGACGGUGCCUACGGCGGCGACGACGACCAAGAGGCCGUCCUGGAGCGCGUCGUCGCGAUGAUCGAGGCCAUAAGAGACGAACAGAGAGGAGAGGAGGCGGCGGCGCGCGCUGCCGGCGGAGACGGAGGGUCAUGACAUGAUGAUGACGCGUCUUCCAUUGCGGCGCAGGUGCAGCUAACUUGGCCGGGCUGGGCAUCAGACUGAAUGCAACAGCACCCUUCCGUCUGCGGCUCAGUCUCGCACAUAGGUGGUGAUGGUUGAAUCAUCGAACAAGAAGCUACCACACCAAAGAGUUCUGCUCAGGUCAUGCUGCAGCCCACAAAGGAACUUGAACUCUGGGCAGGCACAGUUCACAGGACAGGAGGAACUACAUCUACAACAGCUAUGUUGCCUGGUGUCUAGAAGGCAGGGUGAUCUCUGUGUGGUCAAAUGAACUUGAGUUGUCACUAACCCGCAUAGUCACAUAGUACUGAAAGUUUAAAA